CGUUGAAACGGGAACCUGCCUCCCCUAUGCGCCUAUAAAAAUCGCCUCUGCGUCCUCACCCUUUCCCAAUUUCUUCGCAAGCAUCCAAGAAAAGAAAACGAAACCAGCAAGAAACCACCCGCCGCCGCCGCCGGAGAUGGCGUCGCAGUCGAUCGAGGACCACCGCUCGGGCGCGGAGGUGCAGACGGGCCACGACCUCUGCGAGCACAAGUCCCGCGAGUUCCUGGCGGAGCUGGGCCUCCCCGACGGGCUCCUCCCGCUGCCGUCCCUCGAGGAGGUCGGGUACAACCGCACGUCCGGGUUCGUGUGGCUCCGGCAGGCCGCCGGCGUGACCCACACCUUCGACAGCAUCGGGAAGCAGGUGUGGUACGACAAGGAAGUGACGGCGUUCGUGGAGCCCGGGCGGAUGCACGGCCUGACCGGGGUGAAGAGCAAGGAGCUCCUCAUCUGGGUCACCAUCUCCGAGAUCGUCCUCAGCCCCUCCGGCACCAAGAUCGUGUUCCGCACCCCCGCCGGACUCGGCCGCGCCUUCCCCGUCGCCGCCUUCCAGCUUAACCCUGCUGCGCCGGCGGCGGAGGGGGAGCAGAAGGUGGAGACCGCCGCUUCCACUAACUGAUCUGCGUGUGUUGGGCGCUUGAUCUGGCCGGAAUGGCGGGAAUUGCAGUGUAAUGGUAGUGGAUUAUGAAGAAAUAAAGGGUGCUCGUGAAUCAAUUAUGUACUGGUACGCUUCAGUUUGAUGAAUGGGUUCUUGUUCUUUCUAUUCA